AUGUCCUUCUCUAUACAACCAUCGGGUGACAUUCCACCGAGGUCCGUCGUCGCUCCCGACUGCCUCUCCUGCCGCCGCGCUUUCAGCCUCGUUCGAUCUGGCAGACGACAGCACCCGUGCGGCCGGUGCGGCAAAGCCUUCGCCACCCCCAGCGGCCUCAAGCAGCACGCCCACAUCCACAGCAGCGUGAAGCCCUUCCGGUGCAACCUGUGCAGGAAGGCCUACACGCAGUUCUCCAACCUGUGCAGGCACAAGCGCAGCCACUCCGUGCCGCGAAAGACGAGCGACUUCUGGCCCCAGUUCGGAAAAUGGGUCGUCGGAAAAGCGGAACCUACGUUAUCCGUGCUAAGUAUCAGCGACAUCAGAAUUCAAACAUCGACGGCCGAUACUGGUGAGGAAACAAAACAGUCUGCCAGCAGUUGUUUUGCGUUACGAAGGUUGUUCGCUGCAAAUUCGGAACAACAAAUAAGUCAGGAUAGCUCCACCACUCCAAAGUCCGUUGACAAAGACAACUUACAAAAGUUAUUCGCUCCUAAUUCAGAACACCAAAUAAAUCAGGAUAGCUCCACCACUCCAAAGUUCAUUGACAAAGACAACUUACGAAAGUUAUUCACUCCUAAUUCGGAACACCAAAUAAAUCAGGAUAGCUCCACCACUCCAAAGUCCAUUGACAAAGACAACUUACGAAAGUUAUUCGCUCCUAAUUCGGAACACCAAACAGCGGAUAUUUCUACCAGUCCGAAAUUCGUCGUAAAAGACAUCGUCGAUCGUUCAUCAAAUGCCGAAACGUGCAAGUACUGUGCCAAAAAUGCUCCACUAGAAGUGUCUGCAUUGAAUCCAAACGAAGCAUACAAUGUGACCGACGGAUCGCCACGACUCUUCAGUUUAACACAAGCAUACGUGACGCCAGACAUGUUUCAUUACCAACGCCAAAUGUCGCCAAAGAUCGGCUCCGUCUGUCCGGAAGCCCUCUCGCUGAACGAUCUCUGCUACUACAACAGGCUCAUCGAGAGCCACUGCUUCGGAAGACCGGAAGUGGCGAGACAAUGGAAGCCGGAAGAACCGGAGAAACGCUCGUUUCGCCCUCUGGUGCCGGCGUAUCGCGAGAGCGACGAGCCCCUCGACCUGAGCGUUCGAAACAGCGCCCACCAUUCGAUGCUGGAUAAGAAGUAUCCGGAUCCCUCGCAGAUGAGUCCCCUCUCAUUGCAGUGGCAGAGGACACUCCACCCGAUGCUCCUGGACACUCUGUACCAGGAAAACGUGGCGUUGAACCUCUUCGGUGGCGAGUUCCUCCCCUUCCACGUCCCCCAAGAAAGCAAGGUCCAGGCUCAGCCGACGUACGCCGACCACCUGAGGAAGAAGCGGGAGAAGUACUCGUGCAAGUUCUGCGGCAAGAUUUUCCCGCGCUCGGCCAACCUGACGCGCCACCUGCGCACGCACACGGGCGAGCAGCCAUACAGGUGCAAGUACUGCGAUCGGUCCUUCAGCAUCUCCUCCAACUUGCAGAGACACGUUCGGAACAUCCACAACAAGGAGAAGCCCUUCAGGUGUCCUCUGUGCGACAGGUGCUUCGGCCAACAGACCAACCUGGACAGACACCUCAAGAAGCACGAGUCAGAAGAGUCGGACAAGCGUCUCCAACAUUACCCCACUUCCGAUCGGUGCAAAGAUUAUUCGAUAAAGGAAGGUCUGAGGCCACUCUAUUAG